AGGUGCGCUGAGCUUUCCGCUCGGGUCUCCCGGCCGACCGAGGUGGCGGCGAGGAGGCGGCAGCAUAGCGUCGGUUCUGCAGCUUCGGUUCCGCUGGCUUCGUCUUUUCUCUCUACCCCACCCCGCCUCCGGUAAUUCCCUUGGCCGGGAGGAGCCCAACCCCCGGGGGAGCCGCCGAGAACCUCGUUUUCUCCGCUUCCUCUCCCCAGACCCUGGCAGGACGCUGAAGAAUGAGGCUGAAGCCAGGAGGCAACGGAGCCUUGUCGAAACCCUGUCGGACUUGAAAAGGGCAGCGCUUACCCCCCUUACCCCGCUCUCCCCGCCGCCCCCAACCCAAAAGCGAGGACCUUCUCCUUGCUGGCGCUGCAGCUGAUCGAGACCGUCAAAUUUCUGAUUGCUUUGCUCAUCGGGGCACCCAGACGACCGCACUACUGCCUCCUCCUCCUCCUCGGAUUCGCCCUUCCCGGCUGGUUCGGGAUCUGGGAGGAAAAAAAAAAAAAGACGGCAAAGUGACGAGAAGCACCCAGCCGGCUCCGCCUGGAUCCCAAUGGGGCGAGAGGACCCGAGGCAGCUGCCCGGCUGGAAGCGGACGACGCCCGCGAGGUUUUGAAGCUCGUUUCUUUUUCCCCGGUACCCCUGCUCCGCCCAUGGCCAGCGGGGUUUGACGCCUGACAGCGCUCCCGCUUCCCUCAGCAUCUUUCCUUCUGCCACUUGCUCGGAGCGGGGUCUGCUGGCCGGAGGAUGGACGAGGAUGUUCCGAGAGGAGCCGAGGAGCAGGAUCCCGAGGAGGACCCCCAGUCCAAAACCUUCGUCCGCCUUAACGAUCUCUCCGGAGAUGGAGGUCGCUCGGGUUCCGGGGACAAAGAGAAAGAUCCAGGCAGUGGGGACUCGGACGGGGAAGCGCUCCCUUAUCCCGCCCUGGCCCCGACCGUCUUCUUCUACCUGAGCCAGCACAGUCGCCCGAGGAGCUGGUGCCUGAAGAUGGUGUGCAACCCAUAUCCUUUUCCCAAGCAAAGCAGCCGGCCUGACAGGGGUGCGGGCUGGUGCUGCCAAGGGGCACCUUCUCCCGAGAUAUAUGGUACCGCUAAGGAGGUCUGGAAGAAGCUGUUGUGACUCCGUUACCUGAGCCUGUGUCAUCGGCAGGAGAGGACUCCGAGAGUGAAGAAGAGGAAUUGGCAAGGCCUCCUUCUCCAGGACCCUCCUCUCUGGCAAUGCCUUCGGUGUCCGCCAAAGGGCAAGAGAUAGGGCUGGGGCCAAGCACGUCCACGCAGCCACAGAUGGACAGUGAUGAGGGUAAUGAGUCUUGGCUGGAUCCAUGCCAGCAUCGCAGAGAUAAGUGCGCGCAACAGAAGAAAAGGCAUGCCCGAGAUUAGGCUGAGUCACUGGACCACACUCCACAGGAUAUAAAAGGGAGUGUGGUGGCCAGUCAAACCUUGUGAUGAACAAAGCUGAAAGCUUCCAUGCCAUUCUGCAUUGCCGGACUUUUGCUAUAAGACUUAGCUGGAUUAUCUCUGGACUUGAUUACCUCCGUAAUUAUUGAGCUGUUUCUUUGGAUGUAUCAGAAGUGGGGAGAAGUUAUCUCUCCUCUUCGUAAAUAAUAAACUCUUGGCAGGCAGCCACUAGGUUGUUGCCAAGUUCCGUUAUCUUAAGGAAAAGGAUUUUGCCGGCUGGUUUGGUCUUUAACUCUUGAACGUCUGUUGGUGUGUGUGCGUGUGGUUGGGGACAGAACAGAAGCGUCUUAUAGAGUAUAUUGCAUAACUCGAGCAAGGAAUUAGCAGCCCUCCAGAUGUUCUUGUGAAUAGCUCCAAUCAUCCCUGACUACAGACUUUAUUGAUUGGGGCUGACAGAAGCAGUCUGACAACAUCUGGAUGCCUGAAGAUUCUAUAUCUAUGGGCUACCUUAUUCUUGUGUUGGCUCUUCUCUAUUUUUAAAAGAUCCAGAAGGUGAAAUAUUCUUUCUGUCACAGCUGAGAGGACAUCGCUCCAUUAUAUUUUGGCUUGGUCUGGAAUCAAAAUACAGACCCUUCAUUGUCAAACACCAAGAUCAUCUCCUACACUCUAUGAGGAAA